AUGGCGCCGCCGCCCGAGUUGAUCGACGACACCGUCACCGAGAUCCUCCUCCGCUUCCCACCGGACGAUCCUGCCUGCCUCAUCCGCGCCUCCCUCAUUUGUAAACCUUGGCGCCGCGUCCUCUCCGACCCCGCCUUCCCCCGUCGCUACCACGAGUUCCACCGAAUGCCUCCCCUUCUCGGUGUCAUCCACGGCCUCUACGCCGGCGGAGGCGGCGACAUUGCCCGUAGAAUCGGAUUCCUCGACCUGGGAAUCCGGUUGGUUUCAGCCCGGUUCGCUCCCACCACAGCACGCAUCCCUUUCCUCGAGCCGGAGUUCAUAUGCCAGGCUCUCGACUGCCGCCACGGCCGCGUCCUCCUCGACGUGAUAUGGGACACGAGCGCGGGGCUCGGCCUUGCUGUCUGGGACCCCAUCACCGGCGACCGCACGCUGUUGCCAAAACCUGACGGCAGGCGGUUCCGCUCCCACUACGGCGCGGUUCUCUGCGCGGCGGCCGACUGCGACCACCGCGACUGCCGCGGGAAGCCCUUCAUCGUCGUGGUCUUCGUCGGCGACACCGCCAGCGGGGUGGCGAGCGCGUGGGCCGGUGUACUCGUCCGAGGCUGCCGCGUGGAGCGCGCCGGCCUCCGUGCAGAUUGGUGA